AUUUUAUAACUUAACGGUGCACAAAAUCACACAUUGCUUAACUCAAAACUAAACUCCAUUGAGCGAAGUUCAAAGGACGAACUUCCGGUCCCUCAAAAUACAUACGGCCGACGAGGAAACAAAACACAGAGCUGCAGUGGAGCUGCAAAGGAAGUGAAGUGCCUGAAAUCGAGUCUCGCCAAAACAGAAAGAACCGGAUACUGUCGCUUGGCAGAAGUUACACCUCAGUUACAGCCAUUAAACUGACACAAAGCGAAAACAUAAAGAGAUUCUUUUCCUUACUGGAGAGCUGAAGUGUCCGUCGUCAUGGUGAAGAAUGUUCCGGAAGGUGAAGAAGCGUCACAGCAGCAGCAGCUCACAGAGCAGUGAGAUCAGCACCAAGAGCAAGUCUGUAGACUCCAGUUUGGGUGGCCUGUCCAGGUCCAGCACGGUUGCCAGUCUUGACACAGACUCAACGAAGAGCUCAGGCAACAGCACCUUGGACACAUGUGCCGAGUUCAAGGUGAAGUAUUUGGGGUCCAUAGAGAAGCUGCCGUUCGAGAUGUGCAAGUCACUGCUGGAGCCCCCAGACUUGAUUAGCUAUAUAGACACUGCACAGCAAGAAGGAAAGCUGCCGUUCGUGGCUGCAGAUCAGGAGAUGGUCCUCGCAGUGUCCAAGUAUGGAAUCAGAGUGGCUUCCUCCGACCAGUGUGAGGUGCUGCAUAGGCACCCUCUCUACCUAGUGGUCCGCAUGCUGUGCUAUGAAGAUGGGCUGGGAGCCGGCAGGAACCUGCUGGCGUUGAAGACCACCAACCCCGAGCAGCAGGAAUGCAGUAUCUGGGUGUACCAGUGCAGCAACUCCGAGCAAGCACAAGCCAUCUGCAAGGUGCUGUCUGCAGCCUUCGACUCUGUGCUGGCGACAGACGCCAAGUCCUGAGGCCAGCUUGGCGGAGAUUCUGCUGUGAGCCAGGCCGGUACCCAGCAUGCAAUGCACCACUGCCAUCAGCUGAGCCAUGUGGGGGGGGGGGCGGGGGGGGGGAUCACCAUCACCACGUACAAGGACUUUUGUACUGUUUUUAAUCUAAUUGCAUCUAAUUUAAUGUUCUGUUUGUGAACAGUGCAUGGUUUGUGUAUGUAUGUAUGAGUGCUACCUGGUAUUUGUAAGGUUUCUGGAGGAACAGUUGGCUGCUUAUUGGCUGCCUUGGACCUGCAGCAGACUCCCAUUAACUCUCAAUGGAAGGACAAAACAGUGGUACACCACAGAGCACAAAGAUGCUGUCAAAGAGGAGCAGUCGCUCAACCACAUGACCCAACUUCAGAGUUCAGACGGGAAGCAAUCAGUCUUCAUGUGUGCUGAUGUCAUCGUCCCUCUCGCCAAUCACAACAGAUGGAAACAGGAGGAUCGCAAUAAGCAUUGUUAAACAUUAACGUCAGUGUUAACGUUGGGUCAUGUGAUGACAAGACUGUUUCUGAGGGGUUCUUAAACACUCAUGCUGGAACCCCCUUUCCUAUUUCAUACUCAGUGCAUUAUGGGAAACAGAAAUACUUUGACAGCCCAGUGCCCUAUUACCUCUUUUCUUACAUGCCCAACUCAUUGGUCCAGAUGGGAUGGACCACAUAUGCGGUACAAUAAAGUACGGUGUUUAAUUUAAA